AUGUCAUCGAACCAGGGUGAAGUCCGCAUUGCUAUGCGCGAGAAGCAUUACAAUGAGAACUGCGAGAUUCAACAUGCGGCAGUGAAAGCCGGGCUGUACUUGAUUCCGGACUUCUCGGGAAGAGACAGCCUGACUGUGGUCGACUAUGGAUGUGCUCAAGGUGCCAACUCCAUUGAGCCUAUGAAAAAGGCCAUCUCUACUUUGCCAGAUGGUGCUAGUGCUUCUCUCGUAUUCGAAGAUACGCCCUUCAACGACUUUGGCAGUCUGGCAAAGACAGUCGCACAUCACUUUGCCGACACGGACUCGAAGGUUUUUGUCGCACCUAGUCUCGUGCCUCGAGGCUUCUACCAGCAGGUCGUUCCGUCCAGCUACGCUGAUGUUGGAUUUUCUUGGUCCUCUCUCAACUAUCUCGAGAAGACUCCCACGGUCAGCUUAGACGCAACAGCCUCCCCAGCUGACUUCGCCGCCGCUCGCCACAAGGCACUUGCAUCAGCGGGUCACACUGACUUGAUCAAACUUCUCAAGCUUAGAGCUAAGGAGAUCCGCGAAGGAGGGUACUUCAUCACUGCGAUUGGUGGGCAAAAGCCUGAAGGGGAGACCGCGCCUUCGAACCCGGGAGCGCAAGUGAUCCAAGCUGGCACGAUGCGCAUGGUUGGUGAAGGCAAGCUGUCAAUUCCUGAGUUGAUGCAGUUUGCCUUGUUCCCUAGCCAUGAGCGCACUCCAGAUGAAGUGCGAGCUGCGUUAGAAGAUGAGACUGUAGCACCACUGUGGGAAGUUGAGGUUAUGGAGUCAAAGCUAAUUGUGCAGCCGGCAUGGGAGGUUUAUCAGGAUACAGUCCAGGCCGGCGACACUAAGAAGGAUGAAGCACUCAAGAAGUAUGCCCGUGCUGUAAUGGAAAAUCUGAUUGCAGCGUCUGGGUGGUUCUGGAUCGACAUCCUGAAGAAAUCGAGGGGCGCAGAUUGGGACGGGGGCGAUGCGUUUCUAGAAGACUUCCUCAAAAUCUCCGUGGAGGAAUUUGUGACAAAGUUCGCGGAUUUCAAAGCUCAGAUUUGGUGGACUUAUCUUAGGCUUAAGAGAACCGACAAGAAGGCUUAG